AUGCUUGUGUUAGUGCUAGUGUCGUUGGUUGCUUGGAUAAAUGGUGCGGCUUUGCCACAAAAUAGUAUGAUGUCUCUAAUCAGAUCAAGUUCCAAAAGAGAACUAGUGGACAACUUUGUUAAUGCUGUCUUUUCGUCGAAUAGCUCUAAACCUAACGAGCCAUUGCGCUUUUUGAACCUACGCAACCGGUUUGCGAGCGGCCAACUAUUUACAAUCUAUUUCCAUAACAGCCAGAUAAGACUUUCCUGUGUAAGAAUUGCUGGUUUUGUUAGCUCGUUUAAUAAUACCAAAGUUUCGUCAUUAAUUGGACGACUUUGCGCUAAUGAAGUCAUUGUUGAUGGAUUCACAGUUACACUGCCGAUAGAUGUUCUUCGUGUUAUCUUUCAGAUACUCGGGAAUUGUCAAUGCAACUAUAUGUACCUGACUGAGCUGCCACCUACUAUAUCUGACUACCAGACAGUGAAUACACUUGAACUAGUUAAAAAGGCCAUUGACCCUGAUGGCUUUCUCGGAUUCCAAUGCAAGCGCCUAGUUUUCUCUCUAUCCACUACUGUGGCGGCCUAUUUGAUUACCUAUACCGACAUCAUUGCCAAUAGUGCAUCCUUCCAAAUAUCUCAUCCUUUCGCUCCUUAUGAAUACAAGACAGCGGCCGCCCUUAUAAAUAGCAGCAUUGACCUGGUUUAUUAUGAGAGCUCUGCGAAGAGUAAGAAAGAGAAGAAGUGGUCAACAACCGAUCGGAUUUUAUUGCUUGUGCAGGAAGCUAUAUACACCCAAUCCCCAUAUAUGACAAAGGAAAGUCCAGCGUGUCUCUUGACCCGUGCCACUAUUAAGCAUCCUUGUUGGUUUUGCCUUGAGGUGAUCGCCGAUGAACUUCUGCUAGUUGCACAGGCGCCUAAGAAGGACCGAUUGCCUAUGGGCCGAGAUGGACUUGAUUUUAUACAGACACUUGAGAAAUUGGCCACUAUUGGCCACUAUAACGCAGUCAUCUUUAUAGGCACGUUGAAUAAACAGUACACCAGUGCUGAUAUGCGCAUAAUCAUCAGCCUUUGUGCCAAACUGGCUACCUACUGCCCUAAGAUGAUUCUGAAAGGCCUUGGCUUUGAACUCGCUACUGACUUGACUCCCAACCAAAAUCUCAACAAGCUUGGUUCCAUUGAAC